GCCUUCAAUUUGGUAAUUGCGUGAGGCCACCUAAUAUUGGGAAGAACAAGUCCCUUGCUAAUGGUCAUGGAAAUUGCGAUUUGCUUCAAAUGAUGCAACUCUUUGUUCAUGACUCUCAUAAUCAUAGUCAUAGUCACCAGAUCUCAGACUUUCAUAAAAACACCCUUGUCUCAUUUUUUCCAACAAAAAUUGGGGAGGGAGAUUGAGAAGAAGGCGGAUGCAGUUUUCGUUUUUCUGGUAGAUAGAGAGACGGUGAAGUUGGAGGAGAGAAAUGAGAUAAGAGGAGCAGAUAGAUGGGGUCGAAAUGAAAAGAAGAAGAAUUAGAGAGUAACGAGAGGGAGGAGGAGGAGCAUUAGAGUGAGGCGGCUAGGGUUUUUCAAACACCCAGCUCGUUCAUUUUAUAACUUGCCCCGAGAAUGACCAAAAUGCCCCUCAACUUAACCCAAAACAACCUGCAACCAUCCUUGAACCGGUUUCAAAAUAUGAAAAUACACAAAAAAAAUUACUUACCACUGUUACCAUUAUAAAUUGGAUUCUUCUUUGUCGCCUUCUUUGGAAGGGGCGGAAAAAUGUAGUUUUCUCCCCCUUUGCCCAAUAAACCAUCCCUAUCCUCCUCCGCCAGUUCCUCCAUCAUCAAGCCUCCAACAAUGACGCAGUUGCGGUCGUGAGUGCUCCACCAUAGUUACCAGCUCCUCCAACUCGCCUUCUACAUUAAGACAUCCUCCGCAGGCACCGCGACAUUCGGAUUGCGGUGGAUGGUGCUACUAGGUUUCCCACAGCGGGUGCAAUUGGGCUGGUUGGCUUUCAUGGUGGUACCCCGUCUUUUGCUUGUUGUGCUUUCAUUACGGGCAUUUUCGAUCCCGGUUUGAUUGAACUUUUGUCUUUUCGGCGUUAUACUUGAUUCAACGGUGGCAAUGGAUUGAUCGAGAUGUGCUACUCACGGGGGAAUUUCACGGUGCCUCCUCUGAUCUUCCUCGUCGUCAACAUCGACGUCCCUCUCAGAUCGAUCGUGUCCAUCUCCUCGCUCGAUUUCGCUCUGAUUCUCUCCCUUGUUCUCGUCGGCGAUCGAAUUCACUUCCUCUUCUUCCUCGUCAUCUUCGUCCUCUUCUUCUUUGCCUUCUUCUGCAUCCUCAGCCUCUUCUCCUCCGUUGUCCCAUCCAUCAAGGUCAAUUCAGAGGAAAUCGACCUCCAAUUGAGGAGCGUCGCGGCGGUGGUGCGAAGGCAGGGGAGGAAAAAAAUUAUCGGCGCUUCGUCGUCGUCCUCCUCCUCGUGAGCGGCUUGCAUGAUUCUGUGAAGCGUUUGGAGGAACUAAGAUCCAAAAGUUUCGUCAGAGGGAUCGGAUAUCAAGGAAGGAGUGGCGGAGAUGGACAACGGGGUGGAAGGGCCAGCUGGGAUGGAUUUGAAGAAGCCAUUCUUGCAGUCGAGGCAUAUGGGCAAAACUACAUCGUUUUGAGGUCGGUCGGUUAGGCGUUUAACUAGAUUUGGUUACUCGGCUAACCAAAGCACCACCAACCUCCUCCGACACCCGACCGCAUCCAUUAUUAUGCCGGUUUUUGGUUGGCCGCUAACAAGCGGUUCAUGGUUAGACCGGCCUAUUAGCCGCUAACCGGCAACCGAAGUGACAGUCCUAUUCAAGGUUGUCAAACCGGAUUAACACUUCAAGCCAUUUUGAUAAGGGGUUUGAGGUUUAAUGGUCAGAUCGGGUUUCAAUCGCUUUAAGCCGGUUUUAAUGUAAUUUUAUUAGUUUUUUAGUAUAGAUUGGGGUCAUUCCCCCUGCAAACCCUCUUCUAUUUCCUUCAAUAAAGCCCUCUAUUAUUUUUUCCUUUCCUUUCCAGUUGUGUUGAUUGUGUUUCCACUUUCCAUCCUUCCUUUCUUUCGAUUUUUGAAGUUUCUACUUCCUCAAAUGGCCGAAUUGUUCAGUAGAUCUUGGCCGAUCCAAUCAAUUGGUUGAUUGUGUUUCCAUCCUCCCUUGUCUUUCUGUUUUUUACUUCUCCUUUUCCUUCCUCCUAUGGCCGACUUGGUAGAGCAGAUCUUGGUAGCAGGAGAUGCGGCGACGGAAGAUGUAGCAGCUGUCAAACCCUAUCCGACCAGAAACGAUCAGAGCUAGCAACGGGGAGCUAGAUCGACGUGACGGGGAGCUGGGUCGAGGCGUUCGGCGGCGAGCGGUGUCAAAGAGGCGCAGAGCUGGGGCAAGACGAGGAGGCGAGGAUUUCCAGCAAGGCGUUGCGAGGGGAACGCCGGCGGCGAAGCUUGGGGUGAGAAUUGAUUAACCUCAUUUUGUUAUCAUUAUUCUUAUGUAUAAUUUAUUUUCUCUAAAAUUUCGUUAAAACAAAGUCAUGGUCAAUAGACCCUGAUAAUCGUUCAUAAAGAAACUCUUUAAAAUCUUUUAAUCACUCAAAUUUCAUAUAAAAGGAUCAAAAUAUUUUCCUCAAUAAAACUCAAUAUCAAACCUCAAACACGUAUUUAUAGAACGUGUUAUGUUCUUUUUUGACAAAACCUUCUCAACUUGUUCAAACUACGUGGACUUUGAUCCCGAUUCUCGAAUACUCGAUUACGUAGGCAGCCAAUAGGUUUGAGUCCAACUAAUCAAAAACAUUUUCAUUUCUCGAGAUGUACAUCAAUAGACGUAAAACCUCAUUGUAUACCAAUAGGAUAUGAAAAUAUUUUUAAUUUGAUAGUCCAAUAAGACUUUAAAAUACAUCAUUAACAAUUUAAAACUCAACCAUACAAGACUCAUCGAUUUAACUAGUACCGAUUUAGGGCAUCGGGGGUGUGAUUACACUUCCCCACAAUAAAUCGUACUACCAAACCUAGAAUCCUAAAUUGCAGAGACCAAAUCCCGAUUUUGACCCUAAGGUCGAAACCGACAAAAUAUUGUUCGAUCCACUACAAGUAAGAACGAUGACGACUCCAAACAUUAUGCAGUCGGCCCCUGAUUUUCUGGGGCGAUUGCGACACUAGCGGCUCCGGUGGGGACAUUUUGAGAGUCGAGCUACAUUAACUAAGUCGUUAUGUUUACUAUGUGUAUAGUGGACCUACAUGCGAAGCUACACCUACAAAUUGGAAUUUCAUGGAACGGAUGGAGCAUAAAUGGACGUCUCAAGAAAGGAGAGGCAAUGGUAAAAGCAAUCAGCUUGGAGGGUACUUGGCUCAAGCCAAGUCGACCAGAACAAUAAGGUGAGUGGUUUAAGGGGGUAAAUUCUACUCCUUACGUGUUUGAAGUAUUUUGUGAAGUGGUUAUCAAUGUUUGAUUAUGUUUAUGGUUAACGAUGUGUGCUCUAUUUGAGUCAUAGUUUGAAGUACAUCUUUAUAAAUUUUUAAUAUGUAUUUGAGGCUUUACGUUUAUGUUUUAUUACAGAAAUUUGACUGAUCUUUAAAGAAAAAUGUUUAAGAGGUAUUUCACCACUAAAUAAAUUAGGGUGAAAAGUUUAAGAUGUAGUUCACUAACGCUAGUCCCCCGCCCUAGUGAAAGGUAAAGGAAGAGCAACCUAUGCUCUUAAAGAUCAUGGGGACGAAUCAAUAAGACUCCCAUGAUGUUUAACGGAUAAAGGAUUGUGGGGAUGUAUUAAUAAGACUCCCACAAAGGUUAAAGUUUAGGCUUAGUUUGGGCCUCAUAUGUAUGAGCUGGAUGGCUGGACUAGUGAGUGAUGGGAUCCCAAAGUUGGUCAAAGGUUUAAGAUUUUGAGGGUGGCGAGUAAUACCAACUCCCACGUUUUUAAGAGUUGAAGUUCAAAGGGUGGAAGUAUAAACAAAUUCCACAAGUUUUGAGGUGAACAUCUAAGGAAAUAACCUUAGGUGAUUCCAGUUUAAGUAUUGGCGUAGACUGACACCAACCCAGUCACUAGGUCAUACAAGAGGACCGAGAGAGCAGCAAGUUGUAGAGCGAGCAGCUAGAGGAGGACAACACAAGCAUCACGAAGGACGUCAGCGAUCGUAUCGGAGCAUCCGCAUAGAUUUUUAGUUAUGUACUUUACUUUUAGUAGUAAGACUGUAUAUUAAGAGUUUUGAGAUUAAGAUUCUACGAUUUAAAGUUUGCCCAAGUGUUAGAUGCCCAAGUGUUAGAACUUUAUUUUAAGUUACGCUGACUUUUAUGUCCACUAUUUUCUUUAUUUCAAAUAUUAUUAUUUAUCAACGGCAGUUUGGUAAGAAUUAGUGAUUGGUCGAGAUAGGGUGUUACAGAGAUUAAGUCAGAAUGGAAGAACCAUGGAACUCAAGGGGUUGGGGAAAAAAAGCAGCCAGGAUGAUGUUGUUUUGCACAAAAAUGUUAUUGCUCAAUCCAAGCUUGCUAAGUACCAAAGUACGAAGCACAAACCCCCUUAUGUGCAUAAAAAGGGAUAUAUGUGUAAUGUGGCGUGAAAAAAUCAUCUUCAUACGAAGGACACUUCAAAAUACUUACAUGGGCAAGAAUGCAAAUAAAGCUACAUAGCCUUAGCCCGAAUCUUUGCAAAAGAAAAUUUGAGCAAGAAAAAGAGAACACCAUCUCGUGAGAGACGAAUCAUUACGUCCUUACGAAGUAUGUUUUGAGUAUCAUUGCGAUGAACAAAGUUUCUAAUUGAAAGGGUUGACCUUGAAAGCUUCUUAUGACCCACGUCCUCGGAUCGGAAGUCAUGUGUCAUCGUAGAGGUCUAGUGUCAAGCCUAUGUAAAAUGAGCUAUUCUAGACCCUCGUAUUAUGAUCCAAUAUGAGUGCAUUGCAUAUCAUUAUAAUCAUAUAUAAUACCUUGGAUUUGUGCUAUGAUUGCUUCAAAUAUGUUUUAGCAACCCUAUGAUUGCUUUUGCGGGUUUGAUGCGCUUUUGGUAGCGGUUUGUGCAUUUAUAAUUCAAAGUACAGUUGUGGACCAUUUGGUAGUCAUAGGGGACAUUGAGAUCUAGUUGCUGGAGCUAGGAUUCGAAUAGAGGACUCACUUAAAGAAUGGAGCCAAAAAUGGCGUCCCAAGAAGGAAAAUGGCACCAUUGCCGCCAUUUUACAAAGCUGCUCAACUUGGUUAGAAAGUUACCUCAAAGCUUCCUGAUUCGUUGGCUAUGUGUUUAGAGGCUUGUGAUUGGCUGAACAAAACAAGAGCUGCAAGUUUUCCUCCCUAGAAACCCUAAUCGAAGACCUAUAAAUAGACCUGGAUCAU